AUGCUUGAAAGUACUCCACUCUGUGUGAUUUAUUGUGCAUCUCCAGGUUCAUUUGCUCGACUCGAUCAAUUACAAUGGCUUGUCGAAACAUGUAUUAAAUCAAAUAUAUUUUGUGCUCUUGUCUGUACAAACAAAUACAGUGGAGGAAAUCCACAACGUACUCAAGUAUUGAAUGAUUUUCAUUCACUUCUUAUUCGUUAUCAUUCUAUAACACGUGAAGAAGCCAAUAUAAAAUAUUAUGGAAAUGUUGCUUUGUGUACAUCAGUGAAUAGUAUUAUUUACGAAGAUACAGAUUUUGGAGUAAGAAAAGAUGUCGAAGGUAUUAAUGAACUUAUUUUUGCCAUCAUAACAUCGUUGAAAGAUGAUAAACUCGUUGCUUGGUGUUAUACGAUUGCUGAAAAUCAAUUGUUCUGGUCGACGAUGCGUGAUAAAGUUGUAGAAUUAUUCAAUAUAUCACGACCUGUUGUCGAAGAACUUCUUCAGAAACAUGGCAAAGAUAUUGCAAAAUUUAUAAUGCCAUUGAUUUUGAACGCAGUUUUUAAGAAACUAUGA